AUGGGAGACACAAUUAUUUCUGUAACUGAAGCAAGACGAGAAGAUCUUAACCAAGGCAUCGCCCAGAGUACUGUCCAAGCACAUGCAUCUAUGCAAUGCAAUCGCAAAAAAAAACGUACUUAUGAUGACGCUGAUUUGUAUGAAGGUGUAAUGUACUGCAUUGUCUCAACUGAGAAAGAUGCCAAGCGUGAUGUUGAGAAUACUGAACUCAAGUCUAGAAUCGGGGAGCUUGAGGCCAGUCUCGCAAUAUUGGAACAGGGUGUUACUGAAGUAAAUGGACAACCACAGAAUGAUAAGGAAGUGAUAGCAGACUCACCAUGCCCUAUUGGUGAUGGAAAACAUGGAAAUUAUGGAUUACAUGGCGAAUGGUAUAAAAAUGGAAUAGAAUAUUGUCUUGCCUGCAACACUUCAAGCAAUAAACUUAAGUUCGAGAUCGUAGCAUAA